CAGUCGAGUGAGCACCGCAGUUAUGUCACAGCCAGCCCCUGUGAAAAAGAAGCGUCCUCCAGUGAAGGAAGAAGACCUCAAAGGAGCCAGAGGAAACCUUUCCAAAAAUCAGGAAAUUAAAUCCAAAACCUACCAAGUGAUGAAGCAGUGUGAACAAAUGGGCUCUGCAGCACCCUCCGUAUUCAGCCGGGAUCGGACAGGGGGUGAAACAGUCUUUGAGAAACCGAAAGAAGCGCCGGCCAAGAGCGUCUUUGGCUGAUGGCGGAGCUGGAUGUGUCUCACCCAGAUGAUUGUCGUAACUUUUCCCAAACCUCUGCCCCUUACACUAAAGUCACUGUAG